GGGAAGAGCGGAACUAUAGUUGGCUAAUCUCUCUCAUCCACUCGGUCUUCUAACAGCGUUGCACAGGUCCUCUCUAGGUAAACAUGGAAGGACAUCGGGACAUUCAGUGCUGUUUGUUAUGAUGUGUGAACUGUCACUCAUUGAACUUUAUCCGAGCACGAUGAGCGGCUGCAGUUCAUUUGCAUAGUGUGUUGUUUUGAUCAUGAAGAACAGCGCCAUGUCACAACAGGAGCUCUUUGUGGACUCACCGCCGGCGGGUCCCGGUGCGAGUGAAGCCGGGGGAGGAAGCCGGGGCAGAAGCCGCCUGGGUCUCGUCGUCACGGGGAUGCUGGGAGGGUCGCUGGUCGCCCUGUACGCGGUGGCAGCUCCGUUUGUGGCCCCGGCCCUGAGAAAGAUCUGCCUCCCGUUCGUCCCCGCGACCACAGCCCAGGUGGAGAAUGUCCUGCAGGCGCUGCGGGUCAGGUCAGGCUCUCUGUUGGACAUAGGGAGCGGAGAUGGACGGAUAGUGAUAGCAGCAGCCAAGCAUGGCUUUCGGGCUUCAGGCUUUGAGCUGAACCCCUGGCUGGUGUGGUAUUCCCGCUACAAGGCCUGGAGGGAGGGAGUCCACUCCUCAACCUCCUUCCAUAUCUCUGACUUGUGGAAGGUCAGUUUUGCUCAGUACUCCAAUGUUGUCAUUUUUGGAGUCCCUCAAAUGAUGGACCAGCUGGAGCUGAAGCUGGCAAGGGAGUUGCCGAGUUCAGCCAGGGUGGUGGCCUGCCGCUUCCCCUUCCCUACCUGGGUCCCUGAACAUACUGCAGGGGAGGGCAUAGACACUGUUUGGGUGUACAAUGCCAAGACGUUUAAAUCACAACUGCAACAAGGGAUGACAAGACAGACAAUGACCACAGCCCAGGAGGACACAUGAGACAUACACACAAGUGCAAAGCAUUAGAUUUGGCUGUGAGGUGUCACUGGGAAUUGUCAUCAUUUGAACUGUUUUCAUGUUUUUACCUCUGCAAAGGAGGUUUUAUUUUUGUCUGCUCUUGGAUACAGCUGAAAUGGUUGGAAAAGAUUGAAGCACUUAAAAAUACCCCUUAAAUAAAUGUAUGUGUCUGCCUGUUAGGAUGAUUACGCAAAAACUGCUGAAACAAUUUCCAUGAAAUUGUGUGUGUGGGGGGGGGAUGCAAAGAACCCAUUAAAUGUUUGACCUUUUAAUGUGUCAUGUUAGUUUCUUAUAAAGCUGAAUAUCACAAAGACUACUAGAUGUAUUACCCUGAAACUUGGUGGAAGGAUACAUUAUGAGUCAGUAAAGAAACUGGUAAAUUUUGGUGUGGAUCCGGAUUAGCAGUGGGAUUUUCUUUUCAUACUGACAGAUAGGGACUUAUUAGUUCUCAGACAAUUAUUCUUGGAUAUAUGACCUUGUACAAUUUGUAAUAUGAAUCGAGUGAAUUUGAAUUCCAUAUUAGGGGUUUUGUUCCAGGAGGUUUAUAAUGGGCUCCGAAUGUGACACACUUCUCAGUCAUGGUGUCAACUCAGUUCAGGCUGUCCUACACACUGCACUAACUCUGUGGCUUCCAGGGAUAGAUCACAAAAAAAUGGAAAUUCACUCAUUAUCUUCUCACCACUAUAUUGAUGAAAUGUUAGAUUCCACAAAACAGAUUUUCAGGGGUGAACAACGUUGAAGCCAAAUCCAAUACUGUCAAAGUAAAUGGUGACCAGUUCUUCAAACGUAUUUGCGCAUAUUUGGCUACUUUUUUUAUUAUGGCACUGACAACCUGCUCAUAUUAAAUGUUUUAGAAGUCCUUGAGAUGUGACACAGUUCACGGUGACCCCCACUGUCUGUGUGUCAAGUGUCAGAUACAUGGAUUUAGAUCGUCCGUUACCUCAUUCCUUCUUGCUAUAUACUUGCUUGUAUCAGAAGGCAAAGUAAAAAUGGCAGUGUAAAGGACUGCAUAUAUAAAACACUUUGAACUUUGAUGUUAUUGCAGGUAAAGUGUCCUGUUUGAACCCGAAAGACACGUCAUGACCAAAUAUGUUCUAUGAUUCACUUUAUAACUCUUCUAUGUAUUCCACAGGCAAACGAUAAAGAAAAUAAAUAAAU